CGAGCCAUGGGAAGAAGUUUGUUACUGCCCUAAGGGAAUGAGAUUAUCUACAGAUAACACAUCGUGCAUAGUUUGCGACGAUGGAUUAUUUGGGGACAACUGUGACUACGAUUGCAAAUGUAUCAAAGAAAACACUAUUUCCUGUGAUAAAAUAAAUGGCAGCUGUAUCUGUAAACCUGAAUGGACAUCGGUAGACUGUAGCCAGGAUUUUAAUGAAUGCUCACUUAAGGACAAAGUCUGUGGAGACAACGCCUUUUGUUUCAAUACAGUUGGAUCUUUUUUUUGCUUUUGUACAAUAGGUUUAGCCCUUCAAAAUAGAACACACUGUACAGACUGUGGACCUAUGAUAACUACCUUUCCAGGAUAUUUGUAUUCUGGAUCAUAUGGAGAUUAUUAUUAUGUAGGAGUUGUGUGUUCCUGGACUUUAAUUGCCCCGGAUGAUGAAAACAUCUCUUUUAGUUUUCAGAAAAUCUAUAUAUAUUCUGAUACUGUAGUUUCGAUCUUUGAUGGAGUCAAUUCCAGCUAUCCUCUAUUGGGACAGGAAAGCACUACUGCCAAUUUACCAUUAACGACUGAUAUCGUUCGAGCUAGUGGAAAUGCGAUGCAUAUUCAACGCUACUCUGUUUAUGGUCUGUAUGCCAGCGACUCGUUUGAAGCGAUUUAUUGGACUCACGAAUGCACUGGACUUUAUUAUGGUUUGAACUGCAACAUUUCUUGUCCUUGUAAGCCAAGUAACACAGACUCUUGUCAUCGUGUACGAGGGAAUUGUAACUGUAAAGUCGGGUGGCAAUCUAUUGACUGCUCUGUUGAUAUAAACGAAUGUCUUGAUCCCAAUAUCUGUGAAGAUGUGUAUUCCAUUUGUGUCAACACUUCGCCUGGGUAUAACUGUCAGUGUAAACCUGGACUUGUACAGAACAGCUCAACAAAUGCUUGUAAUGAUCAGAUUUCGUGUACAACAAAAAAUUGUUCAAAUGCUUGUGCUGUUACAUCCAUCGACCCAUGGAAAGAAUUUGCGACGAUGGAUUAUUUGGGGACAACUGUGACUACAAUUGCCAAUGUAUCAAAGAAAAAACUAUUUCCUGUGAUAAAAUAA